UCGUAGCACGGAAGCGUGUGCGCGCCUGCCUUUCCGUACUUCCAGCCGGGGUUCCUGCGCAGCCAGCCGCCCGCCCUCUCGCCGCCCAGACUCGCCUCUCACUAUUGCUGCGGCCCUUUAGGGCUUGCUCGCCACCCCGUUCCCCUGCGGGGCCUGCAGCAGCUAAGCCAGAAGAGAAACUGUUGCAACAGGGAAGCCUACUCGCAACUGUUUCUCUAGCGAGUACGCGUGAGGACCCUCCGGGACCGAGAAAUAACCGUAGCCCUCGGCCCUCCUAGUCGCUCAACGCCUCGAUUUCUACCCAGCAACAGGAGGCCUAGCCUCGCCUCCGCCCCCUCUCAUUGGCCUGCUUGAAUCGGCUUCUGUCGUUAUGAUUGGUCACCUGUGACCGUGCGGAAUUUUCCAAUUGGCGAACGCUGUUGGGGGGAUUUUUUUUUUUUCCGCGUCGGCCUGCUGGGGAGGCGGAGUCAUUUCUGCGGGAUUACUUUUCCGGAGCCGCUUCUGAUUGGACGCUUUGGCGGAUUGCGCGCGACCCUUUAGAUACCAAACGGCCGGGAGCUCCGACCCUUUCCUUUCCAAGCUCCCGGCUGUAAAGCGGAAGCUGGGGGAGGGACUUCCGGCCUCGGGCGUCUGCGAAGGCCCGGGUGCCGGCGGCCUCGCUCGGGGGGCGUGCGUGGGGGGCGCUGCUGCGGACCUCUCCGUGCGGUCUGAGUGCUGGGCCUCUCAGACCUCGCGGCUCGCAGCAGUUACCCACCAAGGCUUAUUACAUGAGGACAAAUAAAGCGGGCGUGCGGGCCAGCCCCGCGGAUUUCUUGUAGCAGUUGUCCCCGCCUUCUCCCUUGUACUUCCAGGUCGGCGGGGAGGGCGUGCGGCCGACAGAGGGGCGGCGGCGGAGGCUGGGCGCUCGCACGCCUGCCACGGUCCCUUAGCAGGGCCUUCCCCGCGACCCCGGGGUCUCCUCACCCCGUAGUAACCGCUUAGGCUUCGGCUGUGGCCGUCCCCACGUCCUCCUCCCGACCACCUGCUGGAACGGUUGGAGACCGAAAACUGCUGCAGGGAGCGGAGGUGGAGGCCGUGGCAGAAACACGCCAAGCCCCCCUCCCCGGGGAAGGCCUCCGGGAGGGGCAGGGUCCCACCCGGGCCAGUCAGGUAGCCCCCAGCCCCAGCGCUCCGUUGCCCUGUCGCUAGCCCCGCAAGCGCCGCGGGCGGCAGAGCGAUGGAGAAGCGCCUGCAGGAGGCCCAGCUGUAUAAAGAAGAGGGGAACCAGCGGUACCGGGAGGGGCGGUACCGAGACGCCGUGAGUCGGUACCACCGAGCUCUGCUUCAGCUGCGGGGCCUGGACCCCAGCCUGCCCUCCCCAAUACCCAGUCUGGGGCCUCAGGGCCCGGCGCUCACCCCCGAGCAGGAAAGCCUGCUGCACACCACGCAGACAGACUGCUACAACAACCUAGCGGCCUGCCUCCUUCAGAUGGAACCAGUGAACUACGAGCGUGUGAGAGAGUACAGUCAGAAAGUCCUGGAACGGCAGCCUGAUAACGCCAAGGCCUUGUAUCGGGCUGGAGUAGCCUUUUUCCAUCUGCAGGACUACGACCAGGCUCGGCACUACCUCCUGGCUGCCGUCAGCAGGCAGCCCAAAGAUGCCAACGUCCGGCGGUACCUCCAGCUGACACAGUCAGAACUCAACAGCUACCACAGGAAAGAGAAGCAGCUCUACCUGGGCAUGUUUGGCUAACAAAGCAGGAAAAUCGCCUUCACUUGAACUUAGAUGGGCCAUUGCAGACCCACCAAGGGGAAACCUGAGCCUCCACCGCAGAAAUUUACCCUAUACCUCUGACCCCAGGUGGAUUUCUGUUUUGUUUCCAAUUUUGCACAGCCUGUUAACAAUGUAUAGUCUGUGUCUUUUGUUGUUGUUGUCUAUCAUGUAUGUAUUUUUACAGCUCGCACUCAGUACAUGUUCCUAUUGGGGAUUUUUGCCUUGAGAAAUAGAAUCUGAAAACAUUCAUUCACUACGGGUGGAAUAAAUCUUAUCUCUGGCACACUUUAAUAAUAGAUGUUGCUAGAUGCAUUCAUAUGCAGGCUAUAAUGCUGGCAGAGGAUGAAAUAGUAAAGAAAGACAUUUUCUUAGAUGGCAAAAGCCAAACUAGGAAGUGUGUUUUUUGUGAAACCAGACAAUUAUAAAUUGGGCCCAAAUGUAUUAAAAUGACAGAUUUUAAGUUGACCAUUUUGGGUUAAUUUCUUAUUUUCCUUAGUAUUUCACACAAUUCAUAUCCUUUUUCUCCCCUACAAAAGUAUGUGGUGUCUAUUUUUCUUUCAUGUAAUUUCUUGUCUGAUUGUUCAUAUUCUGAUCAUUAUCAGAGUGUACUUAGACUAUUCUAUCUUAAAAUUUCUGAGUCAAGGAUUUAAGUGUUAAUUUUAUAAGCCUUCAGCCAUCAUGCCAAAAAAAAAACUACCCAAGUAAACAUUUUAAUGUGUAAGAGGCACAUAUCUGUAGCAUGUACACUUCUCUAACAUAGGCAAGAUGGAACACUAAGUCUUCUAGAAACAGUACCAUGGUGAAGUAGAGUAACAACAAAUCUGUUCUGUGCCUCUCACCAUGUAUCUUGCAAGAGCUCAGGUCCAGACAGAGGAGACAAACAAUGAGGAAGGGCUGCUCCCGCUUAGUGCCUGUCAAUCACUCCAUGGAACUCUCUGGAAGCUAAGUUGGCCAUGGGUACAGUUUGCAGAUCUAGGCUCCAUCGAUCAGGAGCUCCUUUCUCAUCCUAUUUAUUUGUCCUUCACCUUUAUAAGUCAAGGUAAUGAGCAUGUGUUGUUAGCCAUCAUAUAACCACAGAACAGGUGUCAGCUAGAAAAAACAAACCAACCCAAAUACAUACAAAAAUCCCUUAGCCCUUUAUCAAUAACACUUCCUCUUCCUACAGACUAGACUCCUCUUUAUUCCUCUCUCUAUAUCUUUAAACAAUACAACUAUCAGCUUACAAGAAGUUUUUCUACUAAAUAAUCUUAUCAAGUGCAAGGACAGAACUAAUAAAAGUAAAAUGUCUUACUGCUCUCCCAAGCUUCUGACAUUGCUAAGCUUACAUUUCUUGGCCACAUUUUGCCAUGGUUGCAUGUUUUGUUUGCUUUGGGCUGGUUUUGCUUUCUGAUCUCUGUUUUAUUUCAAAGACUUGAUGUCAUAAUAAGCUGUCUUCUACAUCAAUGAGGAAAAAAAUAAAAAAUUUAAA